AUAAAUUAACAUAUAUGUGAUCAAGUUGUAUAAUUUUAAGCCGUAUUCAUAUCUUCUUUCUUCAACCUUUAUCAUAUCAGAAGAAGACCCUCACAAAAGAAGAUCUAACAAGACAUCUCUUCAAGGCUUUCUGAUGGAGCAAACAAACACAAAGACUGUUGAAGAUGUUGAAAGUGUUGAUGUCUAUACAGCAAAAGGUUUGCUUACUGUUGGCCAUCAUAGAUAUCUCGAUGUUAGGACAAAUGAAGAAUUCGCAAAGUGCCACUUUGAGGAUGCCUUGAACAUACCUUACAUGUUCAAAACAGAUGAAGGUAGGAUUGUAAAUCCGGAUUUCCUUCCUCAAGUAGCAUCGGUUUGCAAGAAAGAUGACAAUCUGAUCGUGGCUUGUAACUCUGGAGGAAGAGCAACUCGUGCUUGCGUCGAUCUUCUCAAUGCUGGGUAUGAGCAUGUGGCUAACAUAGAGGGAGGCUACUCGGCUUGGGUUGACGCUGGUUUCGCUGGCGAUAAAUCUGCAGCAGAGCUCAAGACCGCUUGCAGGUUCCGCCCUACGGACAACUAAACCAGCCCAGUCUUGUUAUUCACUAAAACAUCUCUAUUUUUAUAUAUAACCGGUUUAAUGCAAAAAAUAUAUAUAUGAAAUUGAAGUUGUGAUGUUGUAUUUGUGAUGUUGUAUUAAGUUUGUUUCGAGCUCGAUGAAGCUGUCUGCAUGGAGUGUUACAUUGGGCAUGUUCAUUUGUGCAUCGAGAUAGAUCAUCUGAAUGGAAAUGAUAAUUAAUGUUGGUUU